AUGAGUUUUGUGAUUAUCCCCGACGGUAAACAAAUCGUUAUCGAAGGUCAAAGGCAGUUCAACUACGAGUUCUUCCCCAAAAUGACAUCUCCUGACGUUAUCGAGAUGCCGUUUUUGGCCGACACUUAUGUUAAAGAAGACAAUAAUAAUCCCUACAGUUAUGUUUUCCUUAACACCGAUACCGGCACUGAUGGGAAUCUAUUUACAUUCGCUAACAACCGAGCGAUAUUAUUCAACUACGGUAAUAACACGGUCGUGAAAACUUAUCCUAUGAAUCCCAGCGGUAACCCCACGAGCUAUCAUAGUACUGGCUCAGCCGUGUUACCGCCGCUAAAGAAUGAAGCAGACAAGAUCGACGCGGUAGUUCUGGUGUGUGGAGGUGCACCGAAAGGAUCGUUUGUCCUCGCUUUAAAAAGAGUUUUCGUUAAAGCGCUCGACACGUAUGCUAGGAUCAAGAGUAACGACAGUAAUGAGAAUCCUCAAUGGACGGUUGAGAAGAUGCCACGUGCUAGAGUCAUGGGAGACAUGACGCUUUUACCUAACGGAGAUGUGUUGCUUAUCAACAGUGGUUCUGCUGGCUCAGCUGCAUGGAGCUUGGUCGCGAACGAGCUUGGUCGCGAACCUGUUUUCGUACCGGACUUAUACCAGCCAAAAAAUCCGGUGAACUCGAGGUUUGAGUCUCUUAACCCGAACACAAUACCAAGAAUGUAUCACUCUACGGCGAUUCUUCUCCGUGAUGGGAGAGUUCUUGUCCGAGGAAGUAAUCCUCACGCGUUUUACAGCUUCACUCGAGUGCUAUUCCAGUUGAGUUUAGAAGCUUUCUCUCCGGCUUACCUAGAAAACUCCAAAACCUCUCCGAAGAUUAUGUCUCCUACGUCACAGUCAACGAUUUCGUAUGGGAUGAAUUUGAAGGUGAAGUUAAAAGUUGCUGGAAAAGUUAAGGGUCGAGCUAAAGUGACUAUGUUGUUUCCUUCUUUCACGACACAUUCGUUUUCGAUUAAUUAUCAGAGGCUUUUGGUUCUGGACAAUGUUAGAGUUAAGAGAACAAGUUCGGUUUUUGGUGCUUUGUUUGGUAAGUCGAAGAAAUAUGAGGUUCAAGUGAAGACUCCACGAUCAGCUAAUAUUGCACCGCCUGGUUAUUAUAUGAUGUUUGUGGUGAAUCAAAACAUUCCAAGUGAAGGUAUAUGGGUAAGGUUACAGUGA